GUGUGCGAAAAAUGUGUAUUAAAGUCCAAAUGCUGAGAACGUUAGUGGAGCAGCGACUAAAUGCCGUUGUUGAAGAGAUAGUUCAGCUGUUUGAAAGCACCAUAGCAGAGUACGAGGGGGAACUUUCUCGAAUUAAAGAGGAAAAAGAGCGACAACGCGAACUACUUGACGAUGUUAUCAAACCUCCAAUAGCAGACAUCCUGCAGGUGUUGGCGGGGAGUCAAGAAGAGGUUCUCUCUGAGCAGCAGGAGUGGAGUGCCAGUGUGGGACAAGUUGAGCCAGAGCCCCUCCACAUUAAACAGGAAGAGGAGGAACCGUGGGGGAAGCCUCAAGGGCUGGAGGAGGCUGACAUCACCAAUUUGACUUUUACUGGUGUCCCUAUGAAGAACGAGGACGAUGAAGACAAUGAGGGUCAAUCCUCACCGCUUCAUGGUAGUCAAAGUAAGGAGAACGGAGGGACAGAGCAUCCAAAUCAACACAUGACAACAGAUGAUGGAGACGACAUCAUGUCACACUCUUCUGAGACCGAUCUCAGUGAUGAGGACAAAGAACAACCUUUGGAGAGUAACAAGGACUUGAAAAGGGAAAGGAGACCUCACAGUGACAACAACCACUUUUACUGCUCUGAAUGUGGGAAAUCAUUUGAGAAGAGGGCAAGUCUGAAUAGACACGUGAGAACGCACACUGGAGAGAAACCUUUUGCUUGCUCAGUUUGCACUAAAAGAUUCUCUUCAAAGGAUCACCUGAAAAGACACAUGAUGAUACAUACAGGGGUGAAUCCAUUUUCCUGUUCAGUUUGUGCCAAAGGAUUCAGAGAUAAAUAUGACAUGAUAUUACACAUGAGAACACAUACUGGUGAGAAACCUUUUACCUGCUGCGUUUGCAGGAAGCGUUUCUCCAGAAAGGACGAUAUGACCACACACAUGCGAUCACACAUGGAGGAAAAGCAAUUUACUUGCUCACUUUGCCCUAAAAGAUUCACGAGUAAAAAGUACAUCAUGAUACACAUGAGAACACACACUGGGGAGAAACCGUUUAGUUGCAACGUGUGCGAUAAAAGGUUCACUUAUAAGUAUCAGGUCAGCAGACACAAGUGCGCAACAGUCAUGGAAGCUGGAGGGACUUAAAUACACUCAAAUUGUGUUAAAUGUACAUAAUAAGUAUGUACCGUAAAGCACCGUGCUUAACAGCACUUUUUUUCCACUGGUAAGAAGCAAAAAAUCGGGGUGCGGUUUAUACACGAUGACAGGUCUGUGACCAGAUGCAGAAAUUGACGAGAAGUCCAUUUUAGAAAAGCCGUCUGUGGGUCAGACAGUUGCUUUGACUUUAGCGUCCUCUGCUGUACAGUUGCUGAAAAUGCUAGUGUAUGCAACUAACUUAUCUGACGGCUGUCUGUAUUUUCACACAGUGAAACGAUCUCUAUAUACACUGAAGCUAACCUAAGCUUCCAUUAAAACAUUGCAUUUGUAAAAUACAAUACAACGUUGGAGUUUAUUCAAAUUCACACUGAAGCAAUGCAAUAAAAUAAUAGAGAAAGAGAAGCAGUGAAAGAUAAGAUAUCAAAACAUCUCUGAAAAUUGCAAAUUUAUUUAUUUUGAUUUAUUAUUAUUAUUAUUAUUAUUAUUAUUAUUAAUCUGUGCUUCGCCAUAACAUUAAAGAUCUAGAUGCCGAUGUUCAGAUUUCUUCUUUAUUCUUUUUGAAAUUGCUUAGUACCUUUACGCAUGUUGAUUUGAGAUGAAAGAGUUGGCAAGCAUUUAUGAACGAAAAGAUUUUUUUUCCCUGCCGUGAGCCUGAAAAUGGGGGUGCGGUUAAUACACGGUGCUUUACGGUAUAUUUCAGACUUUGUGGUGCUUCUCAUCUUGUGGUGUUCCGCGUUUUUUUUUUUUUAAUCUAAGCACUUAUAAAGUUUUGUGCAUUACUUAAAUAAUUAAAUUAAAUACUCAACAUCAGGCUAUCUUAUUUGUGUAAAUUACUGCAUCCACUAAUAUUCAUUCAUUCAUUUUCUGUGCCACUUAAUCCUAAUUAAGGCCGCAGGGUAUACUGGAGCAUAUCCCAGCUGACUGGGGGCAAGAGGCAGGGUACAUGUCUCCAUUGCAUUUUAUUGUUUUUUGUCAUCCAAGGAAAAGUACAAUAUGUAUGAAUGACAUUUCACAAAAAUUCAAACUCGGGUAGAUUGCAGCUUGUGAUGUCAUGGAUGUUACAAUAUAUAUUAUCAAGGGACAAUGCCACAGAAAGUAAACUUGGAUAUACUUUAGAGUAGUCAGUGUGAAGCUUGUAUAACAGUAUAGAUUUGCUGUCCACUGAAAAUAGGUCAACGCAGCCAUUGUCUAAACAGCUGACACCACAAUAGAGUAGCAAGGUAAUUGUGCCUCGCCUACUGAUAUUACUGUUUUAAUAUCUCCGGUGUCCUUUUUGGGGCAAAGAAACAUCUCUCUGUACAAAUAUCUGUCCUAUAACCUGCUACUGUGGCCUUCUCAAAAUAUUUAUUUCAAAAACUUCUGACUCCAAUAGAUACAACAAUUGGAUAACAAUCUCAUGAUAUCUAUUUUUAAUGCCUCAGUACAAAGUAAUGAUGACUCAGUAUCACUGUGACAGCAGAGGGAUCAUUGUAUAACGCAGGGGUCGGGAACAUAUGGCUCGAGAGCCAUAUUCCUCUUUUGAUGUCUGCAUCUGGCUCUCCCGCAUUUCUUAACACUAUACAUUUUUUUUAUUUUCUUUUUUGUUUCUGCUGUCAUUUUAAAGUAAAACGUUACAGAAAUCAUUUAAUCUGUCCAUUUUCUACUGCAAUGCAGGUGCUAUUGUCCUUUCAAUAGUUUCCGGGUUAGACGCCAAAACACGAUUAUGGAGCCUGUUUCUGAUUGUUUGGUCAGAA